UUUGAGGAAGUAGUUCUGCCAGAGACAGGAAGGCCAGCGUUGCAAUAUAUGUACCAAGACAAACUGAAACACUGACUAGGUACAGCUUCAACGAGGACGACGAAUAGCGUCCCAGAAAGAACCCCGAGGAUCACAACAUGGAGGCUCAACAAUCUUGGCAUCUUUCUUUCAUGUCCACCUUUUUCUUUCUCGCUGCGUGCUCAGGAAUGGACUCACCAAGUCUCCGCCUGGAAAGCAGAGUAUUUGUGGCCUUCGCAGGCAAAGAGCUCGACCUGAGCUGUGAGCUGAACAUGCCAGCCAACCAGAGCAGCGGCGAGCUGACGUGCUCCGAUCCGCUCCACAAACCGAUCUACAGCUGUCCCAUCGCCGAGAGCCACGGCCGGCCGCAGAAAGUACAUCUUACAUUGGAGCUGAAAAACGUGACCGCUUCAGGAGAAUACAGUUGCCGCUAUAAAACAGCCAAAGUGUACUGGUAUCUUCGAGUGAGAAGUGACAGCGACUGGGACCUCGGGAUAUCGUAUUUCACAGAAGUCCUUGUCGUCUCCGUCUUCACCGGUCUGCUGCUGGUUUUCAGUGUGGCCAGCUCUGUGUAUGUCUUCAGAGGACAUUGGACAGACUGCCACACUAAAUGUGGCAGAAAAGACAAGCAGAAAAGAGAAGAAAGGAAAGAAAAAGAGACAGAGGACAACGACGCGGAUGUGAUAACGUCUCCGACUAUGUCUUUCUAUGCCAGUCUAGAGGCUCGGCCCAGGUCCAUUUAUGAUGUGCUGGACCACUCAGCUGCCAACAGAGAGCCAGACCGAAGCAAAGCUAAACCCAAGAAAAAGGAACCCGAAAAGCCGGUGGUGCAGACCGCACAAGACCAGCAGGAAGGCGUAUUUGAGUCUGUCUAUGAGAAUUUUUGAAUCAGAGAUAAACUUGUUCCAAAAGAUUGUGACAUUUAUAUUCGUGGCUGAGAGGAUCUCAGUUUGCUUUUCUGAAACAUUGUCGUUUGUUACCAGUAUUUAGAUUCUUUAAACAGGAAAGUAACAAAAGCACAAUGUAAAAAUACUCGGUUACACGUAAAUUAGUCAAGUAAAAAUACAAAAUUAUUAUCAGCAAAUAAUACUCAAAGAACAAAAGCAAAAGUACCCAUUAUGCAGGCAAAAUCUGCAUUGUAUUAUUUUAUUAAUACCGAUAUAUUAACAUUGUAAUGUUUGGUUACGGUGGAACUAGGCUAAUAAUAACUAUUUGAUUUAGAAGUAAAACAUUUAUUGCAAAAAUGUAAUGUAUAACAAUGCUGCAUUGUUAAUAAUGAGGUGUCAAAUAAAUGUAGUUGAGUAAAAUGAA